AAAAAGAUCUGGAGUGCAUGCCCCUGGGUACAGUGGCUUCCUGUGGACAACCUGCCACACACUUGGUUCUUUGUGGCCUAGUAUACUGACCUCCCAGCUCUAGUGUCCACAGGCAGAGGUGGCCUCCACCAUGACCAUCACUGUGUGCUUCACACUGGCUGCUUUGGCAGAGCAAACAGUACAGUGUCCAGUGGCAAAGGCGCCAAGACUCAAAUGCAUUAGCGCUGGCAGGGGAUGAAACUAAUACACUGCUCUCUCUCAGCUGCAGAGCCAGAGCCCUGUGCGCCCACAGCACCCUUCCCCAUCCAGAAGGUACAGAUGGAUGAGCGAGAAGAGUUCGGACCGCGGCUGCCUCCCGUCUUCUGCCCCAAUACUCGUCAGAAACUUGAGACACCUCAAAAAGAGAAACCUAAGAAGAGCAAAGAAAAACACAAGACCAAGAAAGAGCACAGACGAAAGAAAGAGAAGAAGAAGAAGCACAAGAAGCACAAGCACAAAAGUAAGCAAAGGAGCAAGAAGUCAGAGAAGAGCAGCGGUUCUGAGAGCGACAGCAGCGACAGCAGGAGCGAUGAGGGGGCGGGGGCGGACCUGUGCCCCCAGGAGCUGCUGAGACGACUGAAGAGUCUCCCGCUGAGGAGGCAGUAAUGGAGUCCUGCCCUGGCCUGCCUCAGCCUGGAAUCGCCUCCACGAUGGUCCCUUGAUUUCCCAGCUCACACAUUGUACAGAAUGUAUUUAUAUGUAAAUCCUGCUGUAAAAUAAGUUUUUAAACCUUGAUAUUUCACAGGCUGCCCUGAAAGGUUGCAGAAAUUGAUUCCUAUUUUUAACUUCAGUCCCUGUUAUGGGGUAAGAAGACUGAACAGUUUAAUUAAAGUGCUCUUUUUUCUA